AUGGCAUCCGGAGGGCCAGAGCCCUGGGUGCCUGCCCCGCUGCUGAGCCAGAGUCUGCGGACCGAGGAGAAGACCCUAGACCUGGAGUUCGAGGUGCUGAGCGUGGAGUUCAAUGAGGAGGGCAGCUAUGCCCUGCGCCUGUCAGCUGAGAACCCCCUGCAGGCAGGCUCUGGAGCUGGGGUGCUGCUGCAGGUGAAUGAUGAGGACCCCCGCCUUGCCUGCUCCACUGUCACAGAGGUCAUUGAGCAGCGGGACCCAGGCCAGAGCCUUCCCCUCACCAGGAGCAAGUUUGUCUUUACUUUGCCCAAAGGCUUCUGCAAGAACGACGGGCAGCACGACGCGCAGCUGCGGGUGGAGGCGCUGCGGCUGGACGCGGCCGGCCGCGCCGCACGGAGGGUGGGCGAGGGCAUCUUCCCCAUCUACCCGCGCCCCGACCAGCCGCGCAUGAAUACGCGCGCGCGCCGGCACGAGGACCUGUACCGCUACCGGGGCAGCCUAGCCCUGCUACGGCCCAGCGAGGACCCCACGGCGCGCCACUGCGGCAGCCUGGCCUACAGCGUGGCCUUCCACGAGCACCGGGCCCCCCCGCCGCCCAGCAGCCCUCCCGGUGCCGGCCGCGCAGAACCGGGGGCGCCCGGCCAGGAGGCCCCGCGGCCCGCAUCACAGGCGCUCUCGCAGUCCUCAGGCCGCCUCUUCCUAGUGGCCGUCCCUGAAUACCCUGACCAAGAUGCUCAUGGCCACCUGUCCCCCUCGGAUGGGGAGACCAUCACGGUGACGCUGCAUGGGGCCACCGGCCUCCCGCUCUGCAAGGAUGGCGCUGUGCCCAGCCCCUUCGUGGCAUUGAAGGCCAGUUCUGAGGAAGCCAAGAAGCCAAAAACCAAGGUUGUCACUGCGGUGACCCCAGAACCUACCACUAACCCCAUCUGGGAGCAAACCCUGAAUGUGGACAUCCAGGCCCGGGACACAGUGGAUGAAGAGCUGAUCAUCAAGGUGGUGGACCAAAAGAGCAAAGAAGACCUGGUGUCCUAUAGACUCCCCAUUAAGUUCCUGCAAACCUUCCACCCCUACCACUUUGAGCUGGUGAAGCCCCCCAAGUCCGAGAAAAGCAACAAAGGCUCAGCCGCGACCAAACUGUACGUGACCAUCACCCGCAAGAGCGGCUUCCUCCCCAGCUACACCGGCGUGGACCACACGGCUCUGGAGGUCUUUGUCCACGGAGUCAACGACUUCCUCAUCAACAGCCCCACCUCCCUGGUGGUCUUGGCCCGGGUGGUCCCCAGCUACAAGGACUUCCAGGCCAGUCAGGCCAGGCAGGACCCGGACUCCCUGGGACUGCCCCUCACCUCCAUCUCCUUCCCCGUCCAGUCGAUGAUGAGCUUCAAUGUGCCUCCCGACAGCCAGAACGGGUUCCCUCAGGUGUCGAAGUCCGGGGCACCCCCAGAGCUGCCCUUGUGGAAUCAGUCCUUCCUCUUCCAGAGCAGAGAGGGAGCCACCAACUUCUCCCGGGACUCGGCCCUGGUGCUGGAGUACUUCCCUUCCCCUUCCUUGAACGGCACUAACCCCACCACCUUCCGCAAGAAGCGUCUGGGCCUCUCCGUGUUGCCGCUGAACCGUCGUCUAUACCGCAAGAUGCAGGAAGAGAAAAACCUGCGUGGACUGAGGGUUGAGCGACUCCCCAUCAUUGACACCAACCUGAAAACCAUGCAUGGGGAAGUGCCCACGGUGGACGUCUCCUUGCAGCUGCAUUCCCUGGAGAAGCCAGAAACCUUCUUGACACCCAGCAACACCCAGUUUCUGCCUGUUGUGGACUCCAACAUCUUAGAUGAGCACCUGGGUUCCAUCCGCGAGUCCUGGUCUAAACCUAUAGUGAGACCCAAGACGGAGGAGGAGCUGCCGGAACCCGCAUUGGGCCAGGAAACACGCAGCCCCUGGGGGGCGCUGCUCUGCAGGCUCCGGAGGAAAGGCCGGCGAGUGGGCUGCAGGGGGGCCUGGGCUCGGGACCCCUCCCCCGACCAGCUCCUCAUCUUCCCCGGGCACUUCUGCACCUUUCUGGAGCAGGUGCCUCCAGACGACUAG